AUGUAUCCUAGUCACACCCAUAAGCCGGCCGAAGGCUCCGCCUCUCCUGUGGUACGUGUCCAACUGUCGUGGCCGAAGCUCUACGAUAAUCGCCGAGCUAUCGUCACCAAAUCGUCGCCGGGCUGCGGCAAAGACUCCAAUAGCUUGCCGUCCCUCAGCGUACCAUUGCCAUGGAAACCGCACGAUCUGGAAAUCCGGGAGAUGGACCUAUUGCAGUACUUUGAACAUAAAGGGUGCCAGGCUCUUACGACUUUUGGCUACGGCGGCUCGAGGGAACUUGGCCGCGUUCUGCUUCGAAUGGCCUUAACUGAUGACUCGCCCUCGGCCACGGUUCUCUUGCGGCUCGUACUCGCCUUCGCGUCCCUGCAUCUCCACGGUAUCCAGAUCUACGCCCUUGAGCAGAAGACAGUCGCCCUGAGCAUGUUGGCGUCAAACUGCCAGGAUAAGGAUCUCGACGUGGACGAGACAAUCUGGCAUGUUGUCUCUGGUAUUAUGCUCUAUUCUUGUGAGGUCCUCCGCCCCUCGUCUACGUCGGGCGACUGGGUCAAGUAUAUAUCUGGGGUUAAGGAGGUGAUCAAGGCCGCCCAAUUGGAGAUCUUCUGCCAAGAUACGCAAGAUGUCAGGUCGCUUUUGGAUUGGGUCUACUACAACGAUGCCAUGGCCCAUUUUAGCCUCCGGCAUUGUGCCAGUGAGGGCGCAAGCAUCCCAUCCCCGUCGACCAUCAUGUGGAACAUUGCUCCCCUCACUCCAUCCCCAGCAACUAAACUUCUCGGACUGCUUAUUGAGAUAUGUGACACUGUCUUGGAGGAUAUGAUUGCAGACACGUCAGACAAUUUCAAACAGUUCGUGAAGAUCCUCGACUGGAAGAUCAAGAUGCUUCCCACGUUAAAUCCUAUGGAGGAGGCCUUCCAUAUAGCUGCGUUGAUCUACCUCGGCCGUGCCUCGGGGACGUUGCUGAAGGAGCCGCUGAAGACGCAAGAGCGGUUGGACAGGGCUUUCGAGCUUCUCCCGGAGCUCGCCUCGUGCGAGAGGCAGUUCCCUAUCUUUAUCCUGGGCUGUGAAGCCCGGACGGACAAGCGGAGGGUGAUUGUGCUGGACCUGAUAUAUAGGACCAUGAACAGUCCAGCGUCGCGGUCCUUCGACCACAUCAGGCUGUUGCUAGAGGCCAUCUGGGCCCAAGAUGAUCUGGAGGAUAACAGACUGCACAAGGAGACGAACUACUGGAAAAAGAUCAAUCUCACGAUGGCGCGCUGCGCAAUUAUACCUAGCUUUGCAUGA